ACCUGCAGGAGAGCAUGGCUUCGCUACCACGCAUGCGCACAGGUGCCUAGGGCGGCCAGAUAGUUAUCCAGCUAGUCAGCCAGGGAAGGAAGUAGGGUGGCGCUGCUUGUCUUUUUCGGAGUCUGCGCCUGCGCGGCGGGCAGCUGGGUCUCCAUGGUGACGGGACGCGCGCGAGGCGCCGCUGGAGCCAAGCCUGGAGCCGUCAGAGGCAGAGGCAGGGUCCGCGCGCGGGGCCCGGGCGUCUCGCGGCCAUGACGGGGAUUCUGUGCGAUUGGCUGAACAGGGAAGUCAGGCUCUCGCGGGCAGUCGAUCAGGAGUCUUUCUCUAGAGAGUUUUCUUCUGGUUAUCUCAUUGGAGAACUCCUAAACAAGUUUGAACUUCAAGAUGACUUUGAUCAGUUUUCACAAAGCAGGCUUGCCAGUGCAAAGCUUAACAACUUCUCUCGAAUGGAACCUACUCUUCAACUUUUGGGAGUGCAGUUUGACCAAAACGUAGCCCGAAACAUCAUGACAGAGCAACAUGGAGCUGCAACCAAACUCAUAUACCAGUUGUAUGUGGCUCUGGAGAAAAAGAAAAAAGCAGGACUCACUGGAGUUGCCAUGGAUGCAAUGAGACCCUCAGCUCAUGCAAAACUCAAAGGUGUAGGAACUGAGAUGUAUCGAGAGCGCAUCAAAAACCUGGUUCCACGUCAGGCAGACCUGUCUCUCCAGCAGAUUUCAGACAGCUUUCACAAUAAAGCCAAGAACCUGGAAAAUAAAAUAGCUUUGUUGCAAUUUGCAAAGCAAGAGCAAGCAAAGAAAAUCCAAGAGGGGAAAAAGGUUGAAGACAUGGAAAAGAAAAUUAUAGAAAAACAAAAGCAAAAUGAAAUAAUGGCUAAGAUUCAAGCAGCCAUUGUCCAGAUUCCAAAACCAAUGCCACAGCACACUGUCAAGGCAAUUGAAGAACAAAAAUUGCUGAGAAAGAAGAAGGAAGCAGAGAACACAUACACAGAAAUUAAGAGAUUUGAGACGCAGAUGAGGAAAGAGAUCACUCUGCCCACUAAACUCACUGAAAGCAUGCUGCAGAUCCAUGAGCGUGAAUUUACAACCCCAGCCAUCACUGAGUUGUUGAGCACUUAUUCCGAUGAUGAAUAUAUCCGGAAAAUUCAGAAACGUCUAGAGGAAGACACCUUUGCUCGUGAACAAAGGGAGAAGAGACGACGGAAGAUGUUAAGAGAGCAACUAAUCGCCCAUGAAGCACAAGAAGAGGCAUAUAGAGAAGAACAGCUCAUCAACCGGCUGAUGAGACAAUCACAGCAGGAGCGGAGAAUUGCUGUGCAGCUUAUGCAUGUGCGGCAUGAAAAAGAAGUGAUGUGGCAGAACAGAAUUUUCAGAGAAAAACAGUUUGAGGAAAGGCGGCUUAAAGAAUUCCAAGAAGCUCUUGACAGAGAAGCGGCUCUUGCAGAACAAGAGAAAAUUGAACUUGAGGAACAGGCUCUUAAGGAAAAGCAAUUGCAUGCCAAGCUUGCUGCUGAGAGAGCUGAGGAACGCUAUAAGAAGCAUUUUGCUAUCUCUUGGGAAGUGGUCGAACAAAUCAUUGACUUAGUGACCAAAAUAGGAGAAUAUCGGACACUGACAAAUAACUUAAUCCCAGCGAAGCUAAUGCGUGACUGGAAGGAGCUAUUCUUAAAAGGGAAACCAAUUUAUGAGCAAGCUGAAAUCGACCCUCUGCCAACCGAGCCGACUCCAGAGCAAACAGUAGAAUUGGACAAAAUGGAUUUACUAGAUGAAAAAGAUUAUGAUGAAUACAAGACUAUGACUGAGGAAUGGUACCCACCUGAAGAGAUCAGAGCAAAUAAGCCUCCGCCUAAUAACACAAUACUAGGUCAUGUGAUUCAUAGAUUGAUGGAAAUAUUCUAUCCUCCAGAGCCUGAGUCACCUCCACCUGUAUUUUCUCCAUUUCCAAUCAAGGGAUGUAUUUUGGGAAAGCUCUUCAGUGGCAAAAGCACAUGUUUAAAGUUCUUGGAAGAAACUUGCAGCAUCCAUGUUUUGUCUAUUGAUACGCUGCUUGCAGAGGCUAUCAAAGCCUAUCAUGAUAACGAAAUGGCAAGCGAAACAAGUCUGAUUACAGUCUCUAAAAUGGAUACACCUUCCUUGAAUCAAAUUGCUGUCCUGAAGGAAGCUUCUAGGGCUUCAGUGAUAGCAUUAAAAGCUUACUACGACAUAGCAGAAGUGAACCUCCACUUGUUAGCUGCAGAGGAGACAAAAGGACUUGAGAAAAAAUCAGCCUCUGUUCAGCUAAGUGAUGAAGAGGAGAUGAGUGACCUUGAGGAUGAAUUAACCAAAUUGUCUAUUCGUGCUCAGCUUGGUGCAGGAGCAGAAACUCUGUUAAAGAAAGGAAAAAGCAUUCCAGAUGAAGUGCUAGUUGGCAUCAUGGUAGAAGCCAUUAGUCGAUUGCCACCAGAAAAAGGUUGGAUCAUGGAUGGAUUCCCAAUGACACUGAAUCAAGCCAAACUGCUUGAAAAAGCAUUGACUGGGAGAGAUCCAGACCAGGCAGAAGCAAACGCUAAAGUCUUGAAAAAACACAGUUUGGUUAUAGAUCCAGCAGCUCCAAAAGAACCACCCGUGCAUCCACCUGGUCUUGACUUUGCCAUUUUGUUAGAUGUUUCGGAUUCCAUUGUGCUGGACCGCAUAGCAUUUGGGAGAUCAAUGGACUCCUAUCAAAAUGAAAAUGAACGAGGUGAUCAGGUGUCAGAUGCUGAACUCCAGAGAAGAGAAAAGGCAGCUUCAGUGAGAGGCCAGAUUCAGCACAGACUUGUACGUUUCCUGGAAACAUGGCCAAAACUAGAAUCCUGUUACGCUGAGCAGCAAAAUAUACUGAUAAAAGUCAACGCAGAGGUGGAAGAGAAUCUUAUGUGUCAAAGGGUGAAACAAAUUAUAGUGGAAGAACUUGUUAAAAUUGAAAAUAGAAGAAAAGAAAAAGAAAAGAGAGAAGCUGAGAAACUAGAAGAGGCGAUGCCUCCCUUGCCACAAGAAGAGGACCAUGCCAUUGUUACAGAGAAGGUGGAAGAAAUAGCUCCCAGUCCCCCUGUAGAAAUUCAAAUGCCACCCCCAGCUUCUCCGGCAGACACUAAAGUAUCUAAAGAGUCCACUCCAACAGAAACACCUGUUAAAGGUAAAAAAAGAAAGAAAGAUGAAGCAGGCAAAGGAAAAGAAUCAGGAGGUAAACCAGGUACUCCACGUGGAAAAGGACAAAAAUCUGUGUCAGCUUCCCCUGAAGACUUGUUGCCUCCUCCUCCUGUAGAACCACCUCGAAUUAAACCAGGAUCAGUUGAAUGGGUUUAUAUUGAUGAACCACUACCCCACGAAGUGCCUGAAUUUUUAGUUCCUUAUUGGGAAACUGUGGAGAAGACAUACGUGAAUAACAUCAAAGCAACACUUAGGUGCCUCAGAGCUGAACAACAUGUUAUUAUUUAUUACCUGUCAGAUAUAAGAAAUCAUUUCAAGGAAUACUUGAAACGCCCUGACCACAAGCAAGAAUUUGUGACUCAGUGGCAAGCAGAUUAUAACUCAGUGGCUGAUGAUUUAUGGGAUGAUGAUGAAACUAAAGAAGAACUACACCAAAGAGUCACUGAUCUAAGAGACCGUCUAUGGGAUAUCUGUGAAAACAGAAGGGAGGAAGCUGAGCAAGAGCGUUAUGCUAUCAUGAAUGAUGGCUGGUUGCCAGACCGAAUGGGGCUUCUGAUGAACCAUAUCUUUUCACUUAUGCAGAAUGAAGUGGAUCGUUUCCAGGAUACCAAGAGACUUUUACAUGACUAUUACAGAGGAAUGGAAGGCAAAAUUCCAACAGAGACCAGCACUGAGUUUACCAGAAUACCCUUGAUAGAACUAGUCGAAAAAGAACUACCUCUUGAAGAGGGCAGGAUUAGCAGAAUUCCUACAAUUGCUCGCAGAUCUCCUUCUCCAGAAGUCAAUAGAGAAAGAAUGAGAGCUAUUCCAGUAAAACUCAAGGAAGACCUCUUUUCUGAAAGUGCAAUAUUUAAUUUUGUUCCAGAUGACAAGCUAGUCAUGGAGACAUGGCACAAUGUUGUAACAGCAAUCUCUAACAUGGUUACUACAGAGAUACAGUCUUUUGAGGCAGAGGAAGAAAAAGAGCGCCUUCAGCAAGAAAUGAAAGAAAAAGAGCGUCUAAAAUCUUCACAAGCCGCUGCUGGAAAAGGUGGAAAAGAAGGGAAAGGGAAAGGGAAAGGCGGAAAAGGAGGAAAGGAAGGGAAAGGUGGAAAAGAAGGAAAAGGUGGAAAAGAGGCCAAAGGAAAGGAGGCAAAAGAUUCUAAAAAAGGGAAAAAGAAAAGUAAACAAGGCUCUCAUUCCCCACCAGUGCCAGAUGCUACACCAAUUCCUUUAUCUCCAGAAGAAUUAAAGAAGCUAGAAUUGAAGCUUAAAAUGAAACAGGAAUACUUUGCUGCACUAGAACAUGAAGCGGAGGCUGCGAAAUCUCGACUUGAGCUGUUAAAAGUUAAAGCACUAGCCUUCACUGAGGAGCUACAUUCAAAAGCAGAAGUAACAUAUAGGAAUAUGGAAAAAUGGCUUGGAGAAAGAUUUCUGGCUGAAAUGUCUAGUGUUGACAAAUUAACGGAGGUUGCUCGUAACCACAUUGAAACGUCUACCAGAAUUCAGUAUGAACUUGUUCUGGAAGGGACAGAGUUUUACAUUAACGGGGAUAUCAAAGUAUUUCCAGACCCAGUUCCUCCACCUCGUCCUCCAUCUGUAGAAACUGCUACAGAUGGUAGUCUGACUAUUUCACAGCUUAGCACUCUUCAUAAGCAGUUUCUACAGGUGGCACCUAAAGCCAUAGCAGCCCUGAAGCAAUUUAAAAGCAAGAAUAUAGGCCCGAGUAAUCAAAAGCGCUUCAAGAAGAAUCAGCAGUUUCAAAAAACAUGGCUGGCUAAGUACCCUUGGCUAAAACAAGACAGUGACAGGGGCACAAUGUACUGUGCUUUGUGUCGGAAACACAAUGUGGAUUUAGGGGAGAAGACACACAACUUUUGUUCUGGAACUGAUGUUUUCAUACUUGAAUUAAUCAAUGACCACCAUAGCAGUGAAGCUCAUGCAUGGGCCACCUGUAUGGAAGAAGCCAGUAGUUCCACCCCAGAUACAGCUACCACUGAGCAGAUGUUAAAGAGCAUGAGUAAAACAACCCUAGGAAGACUUGAAAAUCUCUUCAGAACAUGUCAUGCAAUUGCCAAAACUGGACGUCCCUUCACAGACCUGGACUGGAUGUGCAAACUGGAUGAUAAGAAAGGGGUGGACAUUGGUUCCAUAUUUAGAAAUGACAAGACAGCAAGAAUCUUUACUCAUUUUAUUGCUGAAGUGGAACGAAGGGCCUUGAAAGAGAAACUGGAAAAAUGCAAGUUUUUUUCACUCAUUAGUGAUGGUAUUACAGAUAGUACAAAUAAAGAAGCUGCCCUGGUAUAUGUGCGCUUUGCAAGCGAAGGGAAGAUCCACUGUCAAAUUGUUGGAGUUGAGUCUGUAGAAAGGUAUGAUGCUUCCGCUAUGAAAAAUGCCAUUGUGAAACUUUUACAAACUAAUUUGCAGCUCAGUUUGCCAGACCAGGACUGGGCAAGAAAACUCGUUGGCUUUGGAAGUGAUGGUGGAGAUAUUAUGGUGGGACAAAAUAAUGGUGUGGCUAAAUUGCUGAAGGAAAUUCAGCCAUGUGUUCAGAGUGUUCAUUGUCUUGUGCAUCACCUUGAAAUUGCAUACAAGAGAGCACUGAAAAGCAUCUCACUGUACAUGAAUUUAACAGGUCUCUUGAAAAACAUGUACUAUUUUUAUCACAACUCUCCCCUAAACAAGAGCAACCUCAAGCUAGUUUAUGAAGCUCUCAAACUGCGACCAGCGGUUCCUUCUCGAAUUGGUGGCUCCCGAUGGCUCCUUCGCUUACAAACAGCUCUUCAGAUCCUUCUUAAAGGAUAUCCAGCAAUUGUCCGACACAUAAAUAAGAUAGAAGAGGAGCCAUGUUCCUUAAAUCACCAGAAAGCCAAAGACUUCUUAAAGCUCCUUAUGACUACAAACAUUGUAAAGUUUUCUCAUUUCUUGCUGGAUGUCAUUAAUGUCCUCAACAUUUUAUCUCGUGUUGCUCAGGAUCAGAACUCUUCUAUUGCAGAUGUGUUUGCAACACUCCAGGGCACACUGGAAACUCUCCAAAUGUAUCGAACCAGAUCAGGACCAAGGGAGCGUCUGCUAGAAACUCUCACACAUUUUCAUGGAUAUCAUCUUGUAGGAGAUGGCAAUAUAUCAGCUGUUCGGAUAGAGUUAUUAAGCAAUCUUUUGAACUACCUACAUGAUUGUUUCUGUGAUGCUAGUGAAGAAGUUUUAAGAGCAAGUACUAUUGGAAGUUUUAAGCUGUGGCCAGACAAAAUCAAACCAGGUUUAAUGCUCAGCAAAACAUUCACUGAUAUUGUUUAUGACUUGGUCACAUUAAACCUUGGCUCAAAUAUGCUUCCAGAUGCCUGGAUGCACCUAUCCAUUUAUGAUUUACAAAGCCUAGCAUCACUAUUGACUGUGGAUGUGGACACUGUGGAUUGGCGUCGGUUCUUACUAGCUGCUUCCCAGCCUUGGCCGCUGCCUUCUGUGACAGAUCUUCUCGAAACUCUGCAAAGAUUCCAGGCUGUGGAUAUAACAGGAUAUGGCUUUGUUUCACAAGAAGAAUAUGAUCAGGUUGGUCUUUGGUUUGGCAGUGAAGAUAUAGUAAUACCUGAAAGUCCUACAGAACCAUUACCAUUUAACCGUCAGGAGCAUCUAAUAAAAUUUUUCUUCACGUUGUUUGCUGAUCCUGAAAAAGAUCCUCCACAGCUGAACUACACUGACAUGCUCCUUUAUUUUGCUUCCCAUCCUGAUGCUAUUGAUGGAGUCUAUCGGGCCCUCAGUGUUGCAACAGGAACACGCAUCCAAAGGAGAAAAGACAAAUCCCCUCUUAUUCCCCAUUUGUUUACGCCUUCUGCUGAACGACUGAUAACAACUGAUGCCCAUGAUGAGCCAGAAGAGGAGGAGGCUGGUGAAGAAGGUGAAGAGGAAGAAGAAGACAAGGAAAAGGAGGAUGAGACCCAGUCUUUCACCAGUGAAGGAGACAUUUCUCUUGCUACACUGCUUAGAGUGUUCAAGCAUGAAACAAACAAAGCUGCCGACAACCACAGAUUUAGUAGUUAUCUGACACCAGAGGACAAUUAUGAGCACUUCAUUAAGGUAUACAGGGAUCUUGGCUCUGAAGAGCUGGAACCUAUCAAAGUGUCACUCCUUUUGAAGCAUCCCUUCAUCCAGGACUUAAUUAACAACUACCAGGAGUACAAACUUCAUACAAUUUACGAGACAGAUGGAAAACUCCCUUGGGUCAGGGUCAGCAAUGUCACAGGGUUGAGCAAAUGGAGCGCAUUGAUGAUUAUACUUAAAGGGUUCAAAUGAUAGGAUUUGCUCCACAAAUAACAACUUUUAAAAUAUGAACCAACAAAGGAUUUUAAAAUGCUUCUACCGAGAGCUGACCAAACACAACCUACUAAUGGGGAUAAUAUCGUUUUAUAAAGAAGUUAAAAUAAGGGAACUCCAGAAGCUUUUUCAUUACAAAAAUGUUUCCCAAAUGUAGUUCUGAACAUUGGGAUUAAUUGUUUUUUGCUUGUAUUACUGAAACCUUUAAUUGAACUUGUUAUGUUUUGUAUUCACUCUGUUUUAAAAUAAAUGUUUAUUUAUCU